AUGCUGAGAAUCCCAUCUCGCAUAAAAGACCUCUGCUUAAUCAUCUUUCUUCUCUUCAUCUCCUACCUCGUUUUUCACCGCAUCCACACCUCCACCACCACCUCUGUCGUCCUAUUAUCUCACAACCCAGCCACUUUCACCAUCACCUCCACCGCUCGUCCUUCCGCCACCACCCUAUGCCACAUCCUCUUCUCCAUCGCCGCCUCCUCCGACUCCUUCUCCAAACGCAAACACUACAUAAACCUCUGGUACAAUCCCAAUUCCACCAGAGCAUACAUUUUUCUAGACCGUCCCACACCAAAUCCCUUCCCUUCCGACGCCACCCUCCCACCGAUUCUCAUCUCCGGCGACACCUCUAAGUUCCCAUACACCUUCCCGGGCGGCUACCGCUCCGCCGUUCGCAUUGCAAGAAUCGUGAAAGAAGCCGUUGAUCUCGACGAAACCGGCGUCCACUGGUUUGUAUUCGGCGACGAUGACACAGUGUUUUUCACCGAAAAUUUGGUGAGAACAUUGUCGAAGUAUGAUCAUGAUCAGUGGUAUUAUGUGGGAACUAAUUCGGAAUGUUACGAGCAAAAUUCUUUUAAUUCGUUUGAUAUGGCUUUUGGCGGAGGAGGGUUUGCUAUAAGCCAUUCUUUGGCUAGGGUUUUAGCUAGGGUUUUGGAUUCUUGUCUUAUGAGGUACCCACAUUUGUAUGGGAGUGAUGCUAGGGUUUUCUCUUGCUUGGCUGAGCUAGGUGUUGGGUUAACCCAUGAAUUUGGGUUCCAUCAGGUUGAUUUUUGGGGAGAUUUGUUUGGAAUGCUAUCAUCACACCCACUAGCACCACUGGUAUCUCUCCACCAUUUUGAUCGAGCAGACCCAAUCUUUCCAAACAUGACCAGAAUUCAAGCCUUGGAACAUCUCUUCAAAGCUGCUAAUGCUGAUCCUGCAAGAAUUUUACAGCAAACUGUUUGCUAUGACUCUUCAAAUUCACUGACUGUCUCAGUUUCAUGGGGCUAUGCAGUUCAGAUUUAUGAAGGAUACCAUCUUCUUCCAGAUCUUCUUCCAUUGCAGAAGACUUUUAGGCCAUGGAAGAUUGGCCGGAACAAGUUCUCUAGAAAGUAUAUGUUUAACACCAGAGACUAUCCUGAGGAUCCAUGCAAAAGACCUGUCGUCUUCUUUUGGGAUAGUGUUGGUUCUGAUCAUAAGGUUUGGACAGACUACAUUAGGUACAAUGUUGUUGCAAACUGUUCGAGAAAAGAGGCAAUUCAGAAGCUGGAACGCAUCAAGGUUUUCUCGGAUGAGCUGGACAUGGAUUCUGGAGAGGUGAGGGCUCCUCGUCGGCAAUGCUGUGAUAUUUUUGCAUCUGUUAACAAGACGAUGACUGUUCGUGUUAGAGACUGCGGAGUUGAUGAACUCAUUUCACCACAUGUGGAGAAUCAGAGCUAA